UUAAUGCAUAUGAUAUUUAUAGUAUUAAUAUGGUUUACUUUUUUUUUUUUUUACGACCCUGAUUUUUUUGGUGCCCUACCGGCCAUUUGGUGCCCUACGCAGUGUGCGUUAUGUGCGUUUGCGGAGCUACGGCGCUGGGGCAAACACACAUUGUUUGUACCCCUCCCCGAACCACUAGACUGGUGCUGUUUGACAAUUUCUGGUAAAAUUGCUACAAUAUAAUUUAUCUUUUUUUUUUCAGUGCUUUUAUAUAAAUAUUGCUUGUGUUGGGCUCUUAUUCUUGUUGGCUUUGACCUGGACCUGAGUGCAAAUUUCGUUUCACCUCGUUUGAAUCCAUGUGUUCUAAUUAUGCGUCUAGUAGCAUAAAUAAAAGUUCUUUCUCUGGCAGGAUUAAUAAAAUGUUAUUAGUUAUGUUUCCUAUUGAAAUAUUCAUGAACGGACUCUUGUUGUGUCACAGAGGAUUAAAAGAAUACAAACGAAGUCAAAAAUUCUUUUCCAUUAUAACAUACAAGGUGCUGCUGUGUAUAAACAGUCAACAGGUAUCAGACCUGGCCGGGAUUAUCACGAUUUCAUUGAGCAGACGGUUUCUUUCUUGAUUAACUAACGGACCAAUCAGCAGCUGGGCUCCACUGACAGCCCAGGGCGGGGCGGGGCAUCACACCAGACAUUCUGACCACUCAUUGGACGCUAACCUCUAAGCCCAUGACUCGCCAGCCAAUCAGACGCUCCGUUGAUCUGACGAGGCUCCCGGCUGCAAACCGUGUCCUCGCUCAUGUUGGUGGUGCUGCCGCAUCUCAGAGACGCGAAUAUCUAAUGGGGGUACAUCUUGUCAGUCUGCCAGAGUAACCGCUGAACACCUGAAGCAACAUGGACAUCCUGAAGUCGCUGGGUCACCCGGAGGAGAUAUUCAACCUGUUUAAAUUUAAGAUGGGGGGAUGCAGAGCCGUCAUGCCAAAGUUGGAUUAUGAGUCCAUGACUGAGAGUCUGCGGACCUGCUACCUGUACCUGAACCAAACCAGUCGCAGCUUUGCAGCUGUGAUUCAGGCUCUGGACGGAGAGUUGAGACAUGCAGUUUGCAUUUUCUACCUGGUUCUGCGUGCACUGGACACAGUGGAGGAUGACAUGACCAUUCCUCUGGACAAGAAGGUUCCCAUGCUCAAUGACUUCCACACCUUCCUGUACCAGGAUGAGUGGUGCUUCACGGAGAGCCAGGAGAAAGAUCGUCAGGUCCUGGAAGACUUCCCAACGAUAUCGCUGGAAUUCAGAAACCUCGCUCAGGAAUACAGAGACGUCAUCUCGGAUAUCUGCCACCGUAUGGGAGUGGGAAUGGCUGAAUUCCUGGAGAAGAAAGUGGGAUCGAUGAAGGAGUGGGACCAGUAUUGUCACUAUGUUGCCGGUCUGGUCGGCAUUGGCCUGUCCCGGCUGUUCUCUGCGUCUCAGCUGGAGGACCCUGAAGUUGGGCGGGACACUGAACUUGCGAACUCCAUGGGCCUGUUUCUCCAAAAGACUAACAUCAUCCGAGACUAUCUAGAGGACACACAAGAGGGACGUGCCUUCUGGCCACGAGAGGCUUGGAGCCAGUUUGCAGGCCGUCUUGAGGAUUUGGCCCAGCCUGAGAAGCUGGAGUCGGCGCUGUCCUGUCUCAACCUGCUGGUCACUGAUGCUCUGCAUCACGUUCCGGAUGUUAUUGCCUAUCUGUCCCGGCUGCGCAACCAGAGCGUCUUUAAUUUCUGUGCCAUUCCACAGGUGAUGGCAAUAGCUACACUGUCAACGUGCUACAACAACCCCAUGGUGUUUCAGGGAGUGGUGAAGAUCCGAAAGGGGCAGGCAGUCACUCUCAUGAUGGAAGCCACCAAUAUGAGUGCUGUGCAGACAAUUAUUGCUCAGUACAGCCAGGAGAUAUUACACAAGGUGUCCCUCACCGACCCGUCUCGGGAAAAGACGCUGCACAUCCUGGCUGUAAUCCGCGAAAAGUCCGCCCUGUCGCAGUCCAGCCUCCGCUCCAGGACCCACCACCUGUCGCCUAUGUACCUUUCUGCUGCUAUGGUGCUCGCUGCCCUCAGCUGGCAGUACCUCAGCACUACAGCGGCACAGGCCCAGGGCACCAGUGACAUGCAGGGACCUUGAACUCAUUUAACCCCCACCUUUCCUGAGCCUCUAUACUAAAGAAGCCCCCGUGCCCCCUCUGAAGGUCUGGUUCUAGAGGAAUUUACUGAUUCACUGUGGCUGUUACAGGAGGAUGGACACUCUAAAGUAUGGCUCUGUUAGCAGGCUGGUGUCAUUAAAUGAUUUGAUCUGUAGCAGUCCAUCCUGUGUCUAGAUAAAUUAUAUACACACAUUGGUGUGUGUGGGUAUAUUUGCCAUAAAUGGUACACUUCCACAGUUGUUGUUUUUUUUUUGGUUUAGUUUGUUUGAAUUGUAAUGAUUCAUCAUAUUGGAAUAAUUCAAAACAAACGUUCUCAGUGUAAUCCUGCACAUAUUAGGAUUUUUGGGGGGGGGGUUACCAACCACCACCACCACCACUUGUUCAGUCUUCUUUUUUUUUCUUUUUUUUUUUUUUUCUCAUAUCACAUCAAACCUAGCUCCAUAUUCCACUUAUGUUUCUAUAGCAGAAACACUAAAAAGUUACAUUGGUGCACUCUGCAGCGUUUCCGCUGUAUGUCAACGGCUUCCAAUCACCGUAGAACCUUUUCGGUCCUUUUCUGUGUGUUAAUCUGUUUCAUCGUUGUGUUUUUUAAAAUUAAGGAAAAACAAUUAUGUGCAAUAUCAGGGUAGUUUUUAUUACAGAUGAAAAGGGGAAAAUGGGUGUAUUUUCAGGUCCUUCUUAGCAUCAGCAAAAGAGGGAAGAAAAAGGCAUACUGAGACCGCUAGCUAAGUGUCCUUAACACUGCUUUGGUGCGUUGAAAGGCUAGCACAGAGUAACUUUGUACAGAACCAAAGGAGAGCUAAAAACAUUGCUAUGUAAUGUGACAUUUUGAUUUGUACAUAUUUGAAGAAAUAAAUAACAAUUAAUCCUGUAA